CUCCACACGCUCUCUCAAGCUCUUGCAAGCCAUGUUGAGAACGGAAAGAAUCUUCCGCAUGCCUUACUUAUAUUUAUACCAACAUGCUACAAAUUUUGACAGGUUUGUUUAAAACUUUCUGACUAAAAAUAGGUCAGGCCAACAUAGGUUUGAUUCUUGUCGACGGUAAAAGCCUCGCGGGAUAACCUAGAGCCAAGACUGGGCUGACUUCAAAAUUUCUGACUCAAAAUAGGUCGGGCCCACAUAGGUUUGAUUCUAGUCGACGGUAAAAGCCUCGCGGGAUAACCUAGAGCCAAGACUGGCUAACACAGGUCAGGUCAACAUAGGUUGAUCCAAUUCGCGUUAUGAGAAAACAAGGAGAAAUAUUUCGAUCUUCAGAUUCCGGGUAAAUUCGACAGAAUUCGAUUUCAAUCCUCGGCAUUUUUUUACUAGGUCGCGUGACAGGGUUGACCUAGUCUAAAUCCGCGCCUGUUACCAAUAACAACAACGGAGCUAAAAACUACGACAACCCCCAAAACAACAACAGUGUCAAAAACUACGACACAAAAAAUAACAACGCCGUCUCCAACAACAACAACACUGCCGUCAACGAAGACUUCGACGGCACCGAUUACAUCUAAAGCAAAAACAGCACCCCAACCAACUACUUUAGCUUCUAUCACGCCGGCUCCAACGACACCGCCGCACACACCAACUAAAUCAACAGAAACGAAAAAUAACACUACAUCAGAAAUCACGCCAGUAACUGAAGAGCCGAAAAUAGAAGAUUUAUCAACACACAAGGACGAUAAAAAGAAAAAACAAAUCAAAAUAUUAAUCUUAGAUGCAGAUGCCGAAAUUCCGGAAGGCUUAAAACACACAAAAGAGCCAGAAGUUCAUAUUCUUGACUCAGCAGAUCUACAUAUUCCAAAUCAGCCACUACCACCACCAAUAUCACCACCACAACCUCCCGUUCCAGUACAGCGACCAAUAAAUCCCUGUAAACUACCCGAUAUAUCUCAACAUGUGUACGAUUCAUCUCCACCUAAGCAUGUUUAUGGCUGUCUUCCUCAACAAAUGUUAAGUCGGUUACCGCGACCAAAGAUAGUUCAUCGAUACAUCCAUCAUUAUAAAGACGACAGUGGUGAUAAUGGAUGCUGCCUCGGUGAUCAACGACAACGGAUGAAUGAAGUCAGUGAGGCUUCAUCGGAGGAUACUCCCUAUCCAUCUAAUUUUGUACCACAGGAAGAAGAAUUAAUGUUUCCGAGACACAAACAUAGACAUAAGUCAUACCAACAACGCUUGAGACCAGAGAUACAUUAUCAUUUCCAUAUUUCAAAAGAUAACUUAAAGGGGGUAGGAAGUAUGAAUAAAAUGAGAGACAUACAGACAACACGUGAUACACCAAAUACAAAUGAAGGACAAAGCUAUGUUGAUCCAUUGACACGGGACUUUUCUGAUCUUGAUUUGCUACAAGGUAAACAAGAAGCUGUUUCUAAAGCCAGUAUUCUGAAUCCUAUCAUUGGUGGGUUGAUUCCCAUGUUGAAGUCAAACGAGAUAACAGGUUAUAGAAAAAGUAUUGACCAAAGUGUAAUUGAAGAUCAGACAUUUGGUGCAUCGGAUAUUAGAUUUCCAAACGUCGAAGGUAGUAUAUCGAAAGUCAUGAAUUCAUUUAAAAGGACUCUGCGACGUUUAAAAACUAACAAAAAGAAAAGACGAAGUAAAAAUUAUAAGGUCCACACGAGUAGGAAAUUAUGAUAUAUUCUUCAAAAAACGUUUGCGAUUAGAAACAACUUGUAUUAUUGCUUUUUCGUUAAUUAUUUUCAAUACAAUAAUUACAAAUGGUUAAAAUAUUUACAAAACAUGUUAAAGACUAGAUAAAUUAUAAUUAGUA